AUAUAGAAGUGCAAUGGUGAGCAGCCACCAGCCCACCACUCAUACACUCACUUGAUCAACCUAGCAAAGGAUAAACAUCAUUCCCAUUCCCCUUGGGCUAGCUGUUCCCCCACAAACAAACGAAGCUAGCAUGGCGACGAGCCUGAUAGACUCUUUUCCAUGGGAGCAGGAGCGGCUUGUGUAUGUGUACGCGUUGGCUUGCGCGGUUGUGGCGUGGUGCGCCGUGAGGGCGCUGGAGUGGGCGUGGUGGAGGCCCCGGCGCCUGGAGCGGGAGCUGCGGGCGCAGGGCCUCCGGGGCAGGGCAUACCACUCCGUCGCUGGCGACGCGCCGCUUCUGGAGCGUCUCCACAAGGAGGCCAGGUCCCGGACCAUGCCGCUGGGCAGCCACGACGUCGUGCCUCGGGCCAUGCCGAUGUUUCACCAGACCAUGAAGGAGCACGGUAAAAUGUCCAUCACUUGGUUUGGACCGGUGCCAAGAGUGACCAUCACCGAGCCUGAACUGGUGCGUGAAGUCCUGUCCAACAAGCUGGGUCACCUUGAGAAGCUCAACCUGGGCCGACUUCAAAGGAUGCUGCACCACGGCGUGGGUAGCCACGAGGGCGAAAAAUGGGCCAAGCACCGCAAGAUCAUCACCCCUGCCUUCCAUCUCGAGAAGCUCAAGCGCAUGUUGCCGGCUUUCGCCGCAUGUUGCACGGAGCUGGUGCACAGAUGGGAAGUUCUAGCCGCCGGUGAUGCGCCAUGCGAGGUCGAUGUCUGGCCUGAUUUGAAGAAUUUGACUGGGGAUGUCAUCUCACGGGCUGCAUUCGGCAGCAGUUACCAUGAAGGCAGGAGGAUAUUCCAGCUCCAGGGUGAGCAGAUCGAGCUCAUCGUGCAGGCCAUGGACAAGAUGCAUAUCCCUGGUUACCUGUUCUUGCCAACCAGAGGCAACCGAAGGAUGAAUCAGAUUGUUGCGGAGAUCGAGAGGGUCCUAAAAGGCAUCAUCGCAAAAAAAGAGAAGGCCUUGAAAGCCGGAGAAGCUACCAGUGGCGACGAUCUUCUCGGGCUGCUGCUGGAGUCCAACAUGGCAAACUGCAGGCCGGGAGACGCCGGCAUCACGACCGAAGACCUGAUCGGAGAGUGCAAGCUGUUCUACUUCGCCGGCAUGGAGACCACGUCCUUGCUGCUCACGUGGACCAUGAUCGUGCUCUGCAUGCACCCGGAGUGGCAGGACCGUGCCAGGGAGGAGGUCCUGCAUGUCUUCGCCCACGGCACGACGCCAGAUUACGACGGCUUAGCUCGCCUAAAAAUCGUAACCAUGGUGCUGUACGAGGUGCUGCGGCUGUACACGCCGCUGACGUCGGUCCAUCGCAAGACGUGCAAGCCCAUGGACCUCGGCGGCGUCAGGUACCCGGCGGGCAUGCUGUUCAUGGUGCCAUUUCUGUGCCUCCACCACGACAAGAAUGUUUGGGGCGAGGACGCCGACGAGUUCAGGCCAGGGAGGUUCGCCGAUGGGGUCUACAAGGCAGGGGCGUCGGCUGACGCGCCGGCCUUCUUCCCAUUCGGCUGGGGCCAGAGGACUUGCGUCGGCCAGAACUUCGCGAUGCUCGAGGCCAAGAUGGGGAUGGCCAUGAUUCUGCAGCGCUUCUCCUUCGAGCUCUCGCCGUCCUACACACACGCGCCGUUCCCCGUCGGCCUGCUGCACCCAGAGCACGGUGCGCAACUCAGGCUGACGAGGCUGCCGUGAGUUGCAUAUGGCCAAAUCGAUUGGUUAGCCUGCAUAUUGUGUUCGAAUUAGAUGGCCUCGGGAAACUUCAGAAAAUCUCAAAGGCUCAUGUUGACAAGAGGUGGGGUGCUAAGUUUACUCACAGCCUUAGUGAAAACUAUUAUUUUUUAACUUGUCUCGACAAUUAAAUAAGGAGAGAAUAAAGUUUAGAGUGUUACGAAGAA